CUCCUCCCGUCCUCUUCACCAACCGGUACUUUUCACGCGCCUCUCUCCCCCCCUUCUCUCUCUCUGCCAUCCUUUCGGUUCUACCCCGGUCCGCCAAGAUGUUCUCUCUUCGGACGGCGCAGCCUGCCCAGUCUCUCCUUCGUCGCGCUGCGGUGCCAACUUCUCUUGUCCGCUCCUAUAUCCCAGCAAGAUCCUUCGCUAGCGUUCAGUCGGACAUUUUCAAGCCAACCAAAUAUGGCGGCAAGUACACUGUCACACUCAUUCCAGGCGACGGAAUUGGUGCCGAGGUUGCCGAGUCAGUGAAAACAAUUUUCAAGGCCGACAAUGUUCCCAUCGAGUGGGAGCAGGUAGAUGUUAGUGGUGUUGACACCGGCAACAAGCACUCUGAGGAGCUCUUCAAGGAGUCCAUCGCGUCUUUGCGACGUAACAAGCUGGGUCUGAAGGGUAUCCUGUUUACCCCCGUUGAGCGGUCCGGCCACCAGUCAUUCAAUGUCGCUCUUCGUCAGGAGCUAGAUAUCUUUGCUUCGGUUGUCCUCAUCAAGAACAUCCCCGGGUAUCAGACACGCCACGAGAACGUUGAUCUGUGCAUCAUCCGUGAGAACACCGAGGGUGAAUACUCUGGUCUUGAACAUCAGUCCGUGCAGGGUGUCGUGGAAUCAUUGAAGAUUAUCACUCGUGCCAAGUCUGAGCGCAUUGCGAAGUUCGCUUUCGGUUUUGCUCUUGCCAACAACAGAAAGAAGGUCACUUGCAUCCACAAGGCCAACAUCAUGAAGCUUGCAGAUGGUCUGUUCCGCAGCACUUUCCACAAAGUUGCUGAGAACUACCCAACCUUGGAGGUUAACGACAUGAUCGUUGAUAACGCUUCCAUGCAGGCUGUCUCGCGCCCCCAGCAGUUUGAUGUGAUGGUCAUGCCUAAUUUGUAUGGUGGCAUUCUAUCUAACAUUGGUGCCGCCCUCGUUGGUGGUCCUGGUGUGGUUCCUGGCUGCAACAUGGGCCGUGAUGUUGCCGUGUUUGAGCCAGGAUGCCGCCACGUUGGUCUCGACAUCAAGGGCAAAGACCAAGCAAACCCUAGCGCCAUGAUCCUCUCCGGAUCCAUGCUGCUUCGCCACCUUGGUCUGGAUGACCACGCAAACAGAAUCUCAAAGGCUGUGUAUGAUGUGAUUGGUGAAGGCAAAACAAGGACUCGCGACAUGGGUGGUCAGGCCACCACCCACGAGUUUACCAGGGCAGUUCUUGACAAGAUGGAGGCUGCUCUGUGAUGGACUUCCUUUCUAAACUUGCUAUUAUUAUGACGAUGAGAGCUUGCAUAGGCCCAUUCACUGUUAAUCUAUUGUUUGUCCGAUAGACCGUGCUUUUCCUCGGCCUAUCUCUGUAUUUGUUCUAUCAUCCAGCCACCUGUACACCGUCAUAUUGACCUGCGAAAUAGUUGAAGAGUUGGACAAACAUGUGAGUCAACAAAGCCCACGGGAUGAACGCAAAAUAAGUAAGCAGCGACAUUUGCUUGUAUGUUUCCCAGCUGUCUACCGACCUGCAAAGUUCAACUUUUGAUAGUCACGGUGACUGAUACCUUGAGCUAUCAUCCAUGAGCAGAGUGAAGUUCUGAACCAGUACUC